UUUUAAUAUAUUUUUUUAAUUGGUACAGAAGUUUCAACAUCUUCGAAAAGUUUCUAAUACAAACCGCUUUACUGAUUCGCCCUAAAAGUUGAGGCAAUUUUUUUACCUUGUUUUCCGUGUAACAAAAAGAUUCUAAGAAAAACAAUAAUAUGCCUAAAUACGUAUUAAACUAUUUUAAUUUCCAAGGCAAGGCUGAGGUAGCUAGACUUUUAUUUCAUUAUAAAGGUGUGGAGUUUGAAAACAACCUAAUCACCUACCAAGAUUGGCCUUCACUGAGAAGCAAUCACGCAAGAUUUCCUUUGGGAGAAUUGCCUACAUUAGAAAUUGAUGGGCAUGUUGUUUGCCAAUCUGGUGUUAUAAAUUUAUAUUUGGCAGAAACAUUUGGUCUUAACGGAGCAAAUGCUUCUGAAAGAUUAGUCAUAAAUCAAGUAUGUGAAACUAUGAAUGAUUUUUGGAAUGAUUAUGCUCGCAUUUAUAGAAACAGUACAUUAGACAGUGAGCAAAAGAAACAAGCUUAUGCAGAUAUACUUACAAACGAGGCAGCUAAGUUAAAGUUAUCUUUUAUUGAGAGUUUACUGAAGCGUAAUAAUGACGGCCAUGGUUAUUUUGUUGGUGAUUCGAUUACUCUUGGAGAUUUGGUAUUUUUCCACGUUACAGGAGUGGUCGAUGAAUCAUUUUUAAAUGAUUAUCCUUUGUUAACAGAGCUGAAUAAUCGAGUUAGACAUUGUACUGAACUAAAGUCAUAUUUGGAUUCUAGAACGCAUCCCCGAUUACCUUAAGUUUUUAUAAAAUUUUUGAAAUCGAAUUUUUUUGCCUUGAUUUAAAUGUAUUAGAUAGUAAAAUAAAAAAUUUUCUCAAAAAAAA